UCCAAUUCUACCCCUACUUUACCUCAACGGAAUUCUUCAUUCAGCGACGUAGUAGCAAACUUUGUUAUUGAUUUUGGAGACCGAGGGAGGGUGGCCGUUACUUAUAUCUCUGUGUUAUCACGGGAAUCGCUCUCUCAUCCCACCGGAAAACAUUGAUCCUGUCGUGGCCGGCUAGAAACGAUGGUAAAUGCCUUAGUUGAGCGUGCCACAAGCAGCAUGCUUGUGGGCCCUGAUUGGGCUUUGAACAUGGAGAUCUGUGACAUACUCAAUCGCGACCCUGGGCAAACAAAGGAUGUUAUUAAAGGUAUAAAGAAGCGGCUUGGAAGUAAAGUUCCUAGAGUUCAAAUAAGUGCAUUAACUCUUUUGGAGACAAUAAUUAAGAAUUGUGGAGACAUUAUACACAUGCAUGUUGCCGAGAGAGAUGUUCUUCAUGAGAUGGUUAAAAUAGCAAAGAAGAAGAUCAAUUAUCAGGUCCGAGAGAAGAUAUUGGCUCUUAUAGAUAGUUGGCAAGAGGCUUUUGGAGGGCCAAGAUCAAGAUAUCCACAGUAUUAUGCAGCAUACCAGGAGCUUUUGCGUGCUGGGGCAAUAUUCCCUCAGAGGUCUGAGCGAUCUGCACCUGUAUUCACACCGGUACAAACACAACCAUUGUCAUCAUACCCUCAAAAUAUACGAGAUACUUUUACUCAACAAGACACAGCUGAGUCCUCUGCAGAUUCUGAGUUUCCAGCCCUAAGUUUGUCAGAAAUUCAAAAUGCACGUGGUAUUAUGGAUGUUCUUGCAGAAAUGCUCAAUGCAUUGGACCCUGGUAACAAAGAAGGUCUUCAGCAGGAAGUUAUUGUUGAUUUAGUGGAGCAAUGUCGAACAUACAAGCAGAGAGUGGUACACCUUGUUAAUUCAACUUCGGACGAAUCAUUGCUAUGCCAAGGCUUAUCUCUGAAUGAUGAUCUUCAGCGUGUCUUGGCCAAGCAUGAAUCCAUUGCUUCGGGAACUUCUGCUUCAGGAACUUCUUCAGGAACUCCUGCUCAAAAUCAUACUGAGAAUCUGAAGAUUGCACCUACUGGAACACUUGUAGAUUUUGAUGGUCCUUUGGUUGAUUUUGGAGAUACCAGUAAACAGACGGAUGGAAGGUCGUCUGCUAAUGCUGAAACUGGGUCUCAAUCUUUGAACCAGUUACUGCUUCCAGCGCCCCCAAUAUCAAAUGAAUCAGCUCCCCCUCCGAAGGUUGAUCCUAAAGUGGACCUGCUCAGUGGUGACGACUAUAACUCACCAAAAGCAGAGACUUCACUUGCUCUCGUUCCUUUAGGCGAACAGCAGCCAGCCAGCCCUAUGUCUCAACAGAAUGCCCUUGUUCUUUUUGAUAUGUUUUCUAAUGGAAGCAAUCCACCUACUUCUGUUAAUAUCCAGCCAAUUAAUGUUGCCGGUCAAACCAGUCCAUUUUCUCCUCAAUGUCAACAGCAGCAGACUUUCAUAUCUCAAGGGCUGUUUUACCCCAAUGGAGGUGGGCCAAAUGUUGGAUCACCUCGGUAUGAUCAAUCACCGUAUAUGCAGAGCACAGGUCCUUCUUGGAAUGGCCAGGUUGCGCAGCAGCAACAGCCUCCUUCACCAGUUUACGGUACAACAAGUGGUGGAUCAUUUCCGCCGCCUCCAUGGGAAGCACAACCUACAGACAAUGAUAGUCCAGUAUCGGGCAGUCAAUACCCACAACCAUUGCAAGUCACUCAAGUGGUAAUGACGCAUAUACAAAGUGCUGCACAUCCUCAGGGACCUCAAGCGGCGGGGCAUGACCAGGCUGUUGGAAUGUAUAUGCAACCAAAUGCUAGUCAUAUCUCAACAAUCAACAACAAUGUUCAAAGUAAUCAAUCAGGCUUGUACCCGCAGCAUAUUCAGGGUGUUGCCAGUCCCUAUAUGGGUAUGGCUUCACAUCCAAUGCAUUCCAUGUAUCCUCAACAAAUGUAUGGCAACCAAUUCGUAGGAUAUGGCUAUGGUCAGCAACCAGCGGUUCAGUAUGUUGAGCAGCAAAUGUAUGGUUUAUCGAUGAGAGAUGAUGGUGCUCUGAGAAAUUCUUACCAGGUUUCUUCUGCAUCCUAUGUGCCACCUAUGAAGCCUUCCAAACCAGAGGAUAAUUUAUUUGGGGACCUUGUUAACUUGGCAAAAGUGAAACCAAAACCAACUGCUGACCGAACUGGUGGCGUGUAAAACUGUAAUCGGGUUUGCAUUUUUCACUUGUUUGCUAUAAAUCUUUUCUCUUUUUCUUAAUUUUUUCAUUUUCUUUUACAUGAAUAUAAUAAUAUAUGUACAUUGUUUAAUUUGUUAUAGUCUCAGUGUUCAUUGUC